AUGCUGGCAGCAUUCUCGCACUUAAUUUCCAAGGAUCCAGAGGCUUUGCUUGCUAAAGCAAGGACAACCAGCAGCAGUCAAACCAAACCUCAGCACGAGUCUGCAACUCUGAGAGAACAUAACGGAGGCAGAGGCUCUCUCCCUCCCCCCCCCCACUUACGCCUGCUUCCCUUUCCCCCAUUACAGGAUGUGUGUUCCUUACUCGUCCAAGCCUGCCGGCUUGUCCAGCUGAACAAGGAGCAUCUCGUGAGCAAAGUCUGUCAGCUUAUCCACCAUCUACUUAACCGCUUCCAGGUGGUUGUGGAUGAGCAAAGCCUGGACUUUCUUCUGUCCUACACCAUCAGAGCUCUGCGGCAAUGCAACUCGUGGACUCACAUCGAUAUACUGCAAGCUGUGGCUGCUCUCGUCUACAACAAUGGACCUCGGUGCCAGAAGCUUCUCCCAGACCUUCUCGGAAAAGAUGGAAUCUUGUUGCAGCUCAGCAGCCCAACGCAGACCGAUGUGGAGCUCAGGAGAGCAGCGGUCUACUGCAUGGUCAACCUCUGCCUCGGAGUGCCUGGGCAGCCUUGCCUGGAGGAGCAGUACAGAAGUGUGUCUUUACAGACCUUCCUCACGGUGCUGAGGACUUCGAAGAAGCCUGACGUUGAUGACAUUACAUAUUGUAAGUUACUGCAGAAUGGGUUGAAGGGGAUCCAUUCCAUCCUGAGCGCAGGGAGAAUGCAAUUGACACAGACUGACCAGCUCGGCAGCCUCCUGGCAGCUCUGAAGACCUACAUGUUUUAUGGGCUUCCGGGUGUGAACAUCAAGGUUCCGGCAGCUCUUUACCCAGCGCCGAUGCCCCAGUACGAAGGCUGCUCACCCUCUCAAAAGGAGCAGGCGGCAGACUCUAACAGCUCCUCGAAGCAGCCAGGGCAUAAGAAAAAAAAAUCAAGAUCCAAGAGUAAGAGGGAGUCGGCGGGGGAGGAGCGGAGGGAAGAUGGAGGAGGGGAGGAGGCGGAGAUGCUGCAGAGGUUGGAGAUCGGGAAGGCGAGUACAGGAGACUCCGCGUUCAGCCUCCGCCAACCACCCAGGGGCCACUCGGACGGCACAGUGACCUCCUCCGACGGGAAAGACGCUCCGGGCUCCUUCUAUCCCAGCUGGAAGAAAAUCAACAGCUCCGACUCCGACUAUUCCGACACCGAAGGAGGAAUCCAGGGCAAAUUGAGGUCACUUCAAGGGAAAGUCCGCCAGGGAGCUUUGGCCUCUUUCCUCUCGACUAUAAAGUCGAUCGAGAAGAAGGUUCUGUAUGGCUACUGGUCGUCAUUCAUCCCCGACGCUCCCGGGAUCGGAGGUCCACAGACCAUGUCGCUGAUGACCAUCGCUUUGAAAGACCCUUCGCCAAAGGUCCGAACCGGGGCCCUCCAGGUCAUGUCAGCCAUGUUGGAAGGAUCAAAGCAGUUCCUGUCGGUCGCUGAAGACGCCAGCGAUCAUCGUAGAGCCUUCACUCCUUUCUCCUCCAUCUUGGCUUCCAGCAUCCGGGAGCUUCACCGUUGCCUCCUCCUCGCUCUCGUGGCAGAGUCCUCCCAGCAGACACUCACACAGAUCAUCAAGUGCCUUGCGAAUCUGGUCACCAACGUGCCAUACACCCGCCUGAAGCCGGGACUGCUCACCCGGGUCUGGAACCAGAUCAAACCUUACAUCCGCCGCAGAGACGUGAACGUCCGGGUGUGCAGCCUGUCCCUGCUGGGGGCCAUCGUGUCCGUACAGGCCCCUCUGGCCGAGGUGCAGCUCCUCCUGCAGCAGCCCAGCUCCUCGGGGGUCCCGGGGGCCGCUCACGACUCGGAGAACUGGCGGAAGCCGCAGCCGCAGGCGGGGGGCCGUGCCGGGGAGACGGAGGGCGGAGCUGAGGGCGGGCCGAGCGAGCUCCGCUGGCUGGUGCAGCUGUGCGUGUCCAUCAUUACCGUCCCCAAACAGGAGCCACAGUCAGACAGCGACGUCUCCAUGGGGCCCACGGGAGGCCUGUAUGAGCCCUCGCCGGUCAGGGUGGAAGCCCUGCAGGUGAUGGCCCUGCUUAUCAAGGGCUAUUUCACAAUGGCCCAGGGCUCCCUGCUGGAGCUCGGGGAAGUGGCUUGCAAAUGCAUGGAGGAAUCGGAUCCGUCCAUUCAGCUGCACGGAGCCAGGCUGCUGGAGGAGUUGGGGUCAGGGAUCGUUCAGCAACAUAAGCAGGAGUCUCCUGUGGCCAUCGAUCAAAGGGUGCCAGUCAGCCAGGUUACGACCUUUUGGUUGCGGAUGCUGAAUGGUCCUCUCCCAGCGGCAUUACAGAACAGCGAGCACGCCACACUGCAGACCAGCGCCUGUGAUGCCAUCUCCUCCAUAUUGCCAGAGGCUUUCAGCAGUCUGCCGAACGAGAAGCAGAUCCUGUGCAUCACCGUGCUGCUGGGACUGAAUCACAGCGAGAACCUGCUGGUGAAGGCAGCAGCCGUCAGGGCACUGGGGGUCUACGUCCUGUUCCCCUCGCUGCGACAGGACGUGAUGUUUGUGGCCGACACCGCGAAUGCCGUCCUGACCUCCCUGGAUGACAAGUCCCUGAACGUCCGCACCAAGGCUGCCUGGUCACUGGGCAAUCUCACCGACACGCUGAUUGCCAACAUGGAAUCCAUGGGCCUCGGCUUCCAGGAGGAGUUCUCAGACCUGCUGCUGCUCAAGAUGUUGCGAUCGGCAACUCACGCGUCCAACGACAAAGACAAGGUGAAGAGCAACGCAGUGCGAGCCCUGGGGAACCUGCUGCACUUCCUGCAGCUCAACCACAUCGCCAAGCCCCAGUUCCAACCCGUAAUCGAGGAUUCGAUUCAGGCUCUGAUCCGCACCGUCCAGAGUGAAGCCACCAUGAAGGUGCGCUGGAAUGCCUGCUACGCUCUGGGAAACAUGUUCAAGAAUCCAGCCCUUCCACUCGCUUCGGCGGCCUGGGCGAGCCAAGCCUUCGGGGCUCUGACCUGGGUGGUGAAAACCUGCAAGAACUUCAAGGUCCGCAUCAAGUCGGCCAUGGCGUUGUCGGUGCCCACCCGCCGGGAGCAGUACGGCAGCCGGCAGCAGUACGCGGAGAUCUGGAACGCCCUGGUGCUGGCUCUGGAGAAGAGCGAGGAGACUGAGGACUUCCUGGAGUUCCGCUACUGCGCCAGCCUCCGAGCCCGGCUCUGCCGCACCCUCCUCCACCUCCUGCCCCUGGCCGGGCCUGACGACCUGGCCUGCGUGCGGGUCAGCAUUGCGGAGAAGGGAGGCCUGAUCAGGACCUUCAUGCUGCGCUUCCUGCGCUCGAGCGUGGACCCAGAGGAGGCGGGAGCCAGGCCGAACCAGGAGGAGAGGCGAAGGGCGUUGCUGAAGGCUUUCGAGCACGUGGGCACCCUGCGGGAGGUGUCGGAGUCGGGGCCGGGGGAUCAGGAGCUGGUGGCUGCUUACCUGGGAGAGAUGCUGGAGUGUUGCACGGAGUCGGAGCAGGUCGCGGGUGGCGCCACGACGCUGUUCCCAACGCGCGUUUCAGAAAGUGCCCGCCCCAGCCAGGAUUCCCUCGACAAACCUCUCGCCAGCUAA